GCGCACGGUUACAAUGAGCUGCUCCACCGGUCCGACUGAGAGUCAGUACCGACCCCCGAGCCGCGCGCACACCGACCCUCACCGACACCAGCUACGCCCGCCCGGAGCAGGAUGCCCGGGGGAAAGAGAGGGCUGGUGGCACCGCAGAACACUUUCCUGGAGAACAUUGUCCGGCGUUCGAGCGAGACCAGCUUCCUCCUGGGAAACGCCCAGAUCGUGGAGUGGCCCGUAGUUUACAGCAAUGACGGAUUCUGCAAGCUGUCUGGCUUCCACAGGGCUGAGGUCAUGCAGAAGAGCAGCACAUGCAGUUUUAUGUACGGAGAGCUGACGGACAAGAAGAGCAUCGACAAAGUCCGGCAGACGUUCGACAACUACGAGUCCGACUGCUUCGAAGUCCUGCUCUACAGGAAGAACAGAAGUCCAGUGUGGUUCUACAUGCAAGUGGCUCCCAUCAGGAACGAGAACGACAAGGUGGUUCUGUUCCUCUGCACCUUCAAGGACAUCACCCUCUUCAAGCAGCCCAUCGAAGACGAGGCCACUAAAGGAUGGACCAAGUUUGCGCGGCUGACACGGGCGCUCACCAACAACCGCAACACGCUGCAGCAGCUGGCGCCCAUCAGCAAACACGAGGUCAGCCACAAGCAGUCCAGACUGGCAGAGGUUUUGCAGCUCAACUCCGACAUCCUCCCUCAGUACAAGCAGGAGGCCCCGAAGACGCCGCCGCACAUUAUCCUCCACUACUGCACCUUCAAGACCACCUGGGACUGGGUCAUCCUCAUCCUCACCUUCUACACGGCCAUCAUGGUGCCCUACAACGUCUCCUUCAAGACCAAGCAGAACAACAUCGUGUGGCUGGUGCUGGACAGCGUGGUGGACGUCAUCUUCUUGGUGGACAUCGUCCUCAACUUCCACACCACCUUCGUGGGGCCCGGUGGAGAAGUCAUCUCCGAUCCCAAGCUCAUCCGCAUGAACUACCUGAAGACGUGGUUCGUCAUCGACCUGCUGUCGUGCCUGCCCUACGACAUCAUCAACGCCUUCGAGAACGUGGAUGAGGGCAUCAGCAGUCUGUUCAGCUCUCUGAAGGUGGUCCGCCUGCUGCGCCUGGGCCGAGUGGCCAGGAAGCUGGACCACUACCUGGAGUACGGUGCUGCCGUCCUGGUGCUGCUGGUCUGCGUGUUUGGACUGGUGGCCCACUGGCUCGCCUGCAUCUGGUACAGCAUCGGCGACUACGAGGUCAUCGACGAAGCCACCAACACCAUCAAGACGGACAGCUGGCUCUACCAGCUCGCCAUCAGCCUCGGAUCGCCCUACCGCUACAACGCCAGUGGUUCGGGCCAGUGGGAGGGCGGCCCCGGGAAGGACUCGCUGUACAUCACCUCCCUGUACUUCACCAUGACCAGCCUGACCACCAUCGGCUUCGGGAACAUCGCGCCCACGUCGGACGGAGAGAAGAUCUUCUCGGUGGCCAUGAUGAUGGUGGGAUCUCUGCUCUACGCCACCAUCUUUGGAAACGUGACCACCAUCUUCCAGCAGAUGUACGCCAACACCAACCGCUACCACGAGAUGCUCAACAACGUCAGGGACUUCCUGAAGCUCUACCAGGUUCCCACGGGCCUGAGCGAGCGGGUGAUGGACUACAUCGUCUCCACCUGGUCCAUGUCCAAGGGCAUCGACACGGAGAAGGUCUUGUCCAUUUGUCCCAAGGACAUGCGAGCGGACAUCUGUGUCCAUCUCAACAGGAAGGUGUUCAACGAACAUCCAGCGUUCCGUCUGGCCAGCGACGGCUGCCUUCGCUCGCUGGCCGUGGAGUUUCAGACCAUCCACUGCGCCCCCGGCGACCUGAUAUUCCACGCCGGGGAGAGCGUGGACACGCUGUGCUUCGUGGUGUCCGGGUCGCUGGAGGUCAUCCAGGACGACGAGGUCAUCGCCAUCUUGGGUAAAGGUGAUGUGUUUGGUGACGUCUUCUGGAAGGAAACGACCCUGGCGCACGCGUGUGCUAACGUCCGAGCGCUGACGUACUGCGACCUCCAUGUCAUCAAGAGGGAGGCCCUGCUCAAGGUGUUGGAGUUUUACACGGCCUUCGCCAACUCCUUCUCCCGCAACCUCUUCCUCACCUGCAACCUGCGCAAGAGGAUAAUUUUCCGCAAGAUCAGUGACGUGAAGAAGGAGGAGGAGGAGCGGCAGCGGGCGAAGAACGAGGUGCAGCUCACCAUCCCGCAGGACCAUCCGGUGCGGAAGCUUUUCCAGAAGUUCAAGCAGCAGAAGGAGCUCCGCAGCCAGGGAGCGCCCGCCGCCUCGCAGCUGGACCUGGAGAAGAACCAGCUGCAGGUGGAGCAGCACCAGCACCUGCACCCCCACAGCCUGCAGCUCGGCCACUCCAGCCUGCAGCACUCCCUGCCGCUCAGCCUCCAGCGGCCCCCCUCCUCCAUGCAGAACGGGGCCCCGCCCAGCAGCAGCGUGCUGACGGUGUCGCAGGUCACGCCCAUGCAGAGCUCCCUGGCAUACAGCCAUCCCGGUGAACCUGUCGCCAAACAGAACAACUGUGACAUCAUGGAGCUGCAGCCCAGUGCUGCCGGGGGGGAACCGACCGUCAGGCUCAAAGUCAGCUCCAGUCCGGUUCUGGCCAAACCGGCCCCCAGGGCCACCGGCUGGAUGCGCCUGAAAAACAACAUGGCCCCGGUGGAGGCCCGGAAGGAGGGGCUCAACAACAACGUGAAGGCUGUUUCUGUGGAGAUGUUGUCUCAGGAGGGCAAAGGUCAGGAAGCACGGGGGGGUGGAGACGUAGAGGAGGGCGGGGUGUCCAGUAACAACCCGCUCCGCAAGACGGACUCCUGCGACAGCGGCAUCACCAAGAGUGAGCUGCGGAUCGACCGGGCGGGGGAGGCGCGCACCCCGGCGGCGGUCACCCCCCUCCUCCACAGCCCUCUCCCUGGAGGAGCGGGGUCUCCUCACCCUUUCUGUCCCAUCCCGGAGCAGGCCCUGCAGGCGGCGCUGCACGAGACCCGGCUGGAGCUCCGGGAGGACAUCAAGACUCUGGGAGGCCGUCUGGGCGCCCUGGAGAGUCAGGUCGCCGAAAUUAUCAAGUUGUUGUCGGACAAGCGGCGGCCGUCCACGGGCCCGCCGCCCACCUCCGCCACGCCUAAAACCAAAAUACUACGUCAGGACAUUUUCACCGUUUCCAGGCCUGUUUCUCCCGACUCGGAGAAGGAUGAGGCGCUCUGA